GGAAGCCGCGCCGCCACCGCCGUGCGGGGAGGAGAAGCCGGGAUGGAGGACGACGAGCUGGACUUGGCCGACGAGCUGGAGGCCGCCUUGCAGCUGGCGCCGGAGGUGCAGCUGGCCAUCGAGCAGGUAUUUCCCAGCCAAGAUCCGCUGGACAGGGCUGACUUCAAUGCUGUGGAAUACAUCAACACCCUUUUCCCAACCGAGCAAUCUUUGGCUAAUAUUGACGACGUAGUGAGCAAGAUCAGACUGAAAAUAAGACGAUUGGACGAUAAUAUUCGGACUGUGGUGAGAGCCCAGACCAACGUGGGGCAAGAUGGCCGUGAGGCUCUUGAAGAGGCCCAGAAAGCCAUCCAGCAACUCUUUGGCAAGAUUAAAGACAUUAAGGAUAAAGCAGAAAAAUCGGAGCAAAUGGUGAAAGAAAUCACCCGCGAUAUCAAGCAGCUGGACCACGCUAAACGCCACCUGACCACCUCCAUCACAACGCUGAACCAUCUCCACAUGUUAGCCGGAGGAGUGGAUUCGCUAGAGGCCAUGACCAGGAGAAGACAGUACGGGGAGCUAGCCAACCUCCUACAAGGUGUUGUGAAUGUGCUGGAACAUUUCACCAAAUACAUGGGGAUCCCGCAGAUCCGCCAGCUUUCAGAAAGGGUGAAGGCAGCUCAGAACGAGCUCGGGCAACAAAUCUUGGCUGAUUUUGAAGAGGCGUUUCCCACCCAAGGCACAAAGAGAUCUGCUGGUCCCAGCAACGUUCUCCGCGACGCCUGUUUGGUAGCCAAUGUCUUAGAUCCCCGGAUCAAGCAAGAAAUCAUCAAGAAGUUUAUUAAGCAGCACCUCUUGGAGUAUCUGGUGCUGUUCCAGGAAAACCAAGAUGUUGCUUGGCUAGAUAAGAUCGACCGGCGUUAUGCCUGGAUAAAACGCCAGCUGGUAGACUACGAGGAAAAGUAUGGCCGGAUGUUCCCCGCAGAAUGGUGCAUGACAGAACGAAUUGCGGUGGAUUUCUGCCAUAUUACAAGGACGGAGCUGGGAAAGAUCAUGCGCGCCCGAGCAAGAGAGAUCGAGGUGAAGCUGCUGCUCUUUGCCAUCCAGAGGACGACCAACUUCGAAGGGCUGCUGGCCAAACGAUUCUCUGGCUCCACGCUGUCGGAGGCAGUGAUGAAGAAGCCGGAGCCACCCCCGCCCUCCACCAACCCUUUCCUAGAGGACCCGUCUGUGCUGGAGGAGGAUGAAGCCCCAUCUGAAAGGGCUGAUGUGGAUAAACCACAGAAGCCGAAAGUUCCAAACAACCCAUUUCACGGUCUUGUUUCUAAGUGCUUUGAACCGCAUCUGUAUGUCUACAUUGAAUCUCAGGAUAGAAACCUUGGAGAGCUGAUUGACCGGUUCGUGGGGGAUUUCAAAGCCCAGGGCCCCCCCAAGCCAAACAUGGAUGAGGGUGGGGCCGUUUUGCCCAGCUGUGCCGACCUCUUCGUCUAUUACAAGAAAUGCAUGGUCCAAUGCUCACAGCUAAGCACCGGAGAGCCGAUGAUUGCCCUGACCACCAUAUUCCAGAAAUAUCUGCGGGAAUAUGCCUGGAAGAUCCUCUCGGGAAAUUUACCCAAGACCACCAGCACCAGCAGCAGCGGCCUGACCAUCACCAGCUUGCUAAAGGAGAAGGACGGUUCCGAGGUGGCCAAAUUCACAGUAGAAGAACUCUGCCUGAUCUGCAGCAUUCUAAGCACGGCUGAGUACUGCUUGGCUACCACGCAGCAGCUUGAAGAAAAACUCAAAGAGAAGGUGGACACCAGCCUGGUCGAAAGAAUCACGCUGAUGGGAGAGAUGGACACUUUCAGCACAGUAAUUUCCAGCAGCAUCCAGCUUCUGGUGCAGGACUUGGAUGGGGCCUGUGAUCCGGCGCUCACAGCCAUGAGCAAAAUGCAGUGGCAGAAUGUGGAACACGUCGGGGAUCAGAGUCCCUAUGUCACCUCGGCCAUCUUGCACAUUAAGCAGAACGUUCCCAUCAUCCGUGACAACCUGGCCUCCACCCGGAAGUAUUUCACCCAGUUCUGCAUCAAGUUUGCUAACUGUUUCAUCCCCAAGUUCAUUAACCACCUUUUCAAGUGCAAGCCGAUCAGCAUGGUAGGGGCCGAACAGCUGCUGCUGGACACUCACUCCUUGAAAAUGGUCCUGCUAGACCUGCCGUCCAUCGGCUCACAGGUGGUGAGGAAGGCGCCCGCCAGCUACACAAAGAUCGUGGUCAAGGGCAUGACGCGGGCCGAGAUGAUCCUCAAGGUUGUGAUGGCCCCCCAUGAGCCCGCUGUGGUGUUUGUGGACAACUACAUCAAACUCCUGUCUGACUGCGCCGCCGAUACUUUCCAGAAGAUUCUGGAGAUGAAGGGUCUCAAGCGAAGUGAGCAAAGUAGCAUGUUGGACUUAUUCCGUCAGAGGCUCCCGGCUCCCCCCUCGGGGGCAGAGGGCGGCAGCUGCGUCUCGCUGACGGCCCCCACGCCCGAGCAGGAGUCGUCGCGGAUCCGCAAGCUGGAAAAGCUGAUCAAGAAGAGACUCUAGCUGGUCCCCCGCUGGCUUCUUCUGCAGCUCCUGAAGGCACCGUGGUCCAAGGUUACGGCCGCUUUCCAGGGGCUCUGCCUUUGGGCCCCCACUAUCCCUGCCAGCUGUCUCUGGCUGCCUGGCACCCUGGAGCUUAUACGGCGGAUCUCCCAAGUGAAUUUCAGCACUCCCCAAAUCCCAGGACCACCCCAACGUUUUGCAGGAUGUUAGUAUGCUCCAGAGACUCGGGGCGUCCUCGACGGAGAUGUCAGA